AACACUCUCUAACGUUUGCUAUUAUUAUUAGUGUUCAUCUCUCAAUCAUCUAAUUACCCUGCUUUUCUUCUUCACUUUCAAAAGUUUCAGUUCGAAGCAUCAAACCAAACUCAAAAACCCUGAAAGCCAAAGCCAAGACCGGGGCAAGCAACCAUCAGAGAAGAAAGAAAGGGUUAUGGAGGUUGGGCUGAAGAUGAUGAGUAUGAAAGGAGGAGGAGAUCACUUUGGAGGGUGCGAGAACGAGAAGAUGGGGUUCGAAGAGACUGAGCUGAGGCUAGGGUUGCCCGGUGGAGGAGGAGAAGGCGGUGAAGUUGUGAGGAAAAGAGGAUUCUCCGAGACUGUCGAUUUGAAGCUUAAUCUUUCCUCGAAGCAGGACCCCUCUGGGAUUGAUCCCAAUGAUGAGAAGGUGACUGGUCUGAACAAGGAGAAGAAUCUUCUCCUUUCUGCAACUGAUCCUGCUAAGCCUCCCGCCAAAGCGUAUGUUGUGGGAUGGCCACCAGUCCGAUCAUUCCGAAAGAACAUUUUAACCACCGCCACCCAAAAGAGCAGCAGCGUCGAGAGCGGCAUUGAGAAGGUGGCGUUCGUGAAGGUUAGCAUGGACGGUGCGCCAUACCUCCGCAAGGUGGACUUGAGGUUGUACACAAGCUACCACCAACUUUCUGAUGCUUUAGCCAAAAUGUUCAGCUCUUUCACUAUCGGAAAUUGUGGAUCCCAAGGGCUUAAGGAUUUCAUGAAUGAGAGCAAGCUUAUGGAUCUCCUUAAUGGCUCUGAUUAUGUUCCUACCUAUGAGGACAAGGAUGGUGACUGGAUGCUUGUUGGUGAUGUCCCUUGGGAGAUGUUCGUGGAAUCAUGCAAAAGGUUGCGCAUAAUGAAAGGAACAGAGGCAAUCGGACUUGCACCAAAAGCUGUGGAGAAAUGCAAGAAGAGGAGCUGAAGUAGGGAAAUGAUAGAGCAAUCUGCUCUUGUUGAUCUUUGUGGACGCCUACUGCAUGCAUGCAUGCACAUUGCACGCGCAUAUCAUCACAUCAUCAUCAUCAUAACAUGCAAAAGGCAGGCAGCAGAUGGAUGCAUGGAUGAAUGGAGCAGGCUGACUCUAUUAUUUUCUAUAAUUAUUAAUAAUCAUCAGGGUGUUUUGUGUUAAUUAAGGAUUAAAAUAUUAUAAGUUGAUGUGAUAUAAAAUAGUGGUAAUUAAGAAUUUGAUGUUAUGGAAUACGGACAGAGACAGAAACGUGAAUAUUUU